AUGGAGGAGCUCGCUACAUGUGCGCUUUUUGUCCUCGUUUUUGACCUGGCGUUGGGCUGGACGUACUGGAUACUGGUGCUCCAGCUCCAGCCUCCGGACCGCGGGGGACUGCUGUGGUUAUGGGGGUUCGGAGCAGUCAAAUGGAUAACUUUGCAUUAUCUAUCUCGGAUUCUGACUGCAGGGAAGCCCGGGCCCGUACUUGUCAGGUUGGUGUGCCUCCUCAGCCUCCUGUGGCCCGUCACAGAGAGCGCACUCAUGGUCGCGUCCAAAGAGGAUCGCCCCUACACGGGACCCCCUCCAGACCUGAGCGCAGUCCUCUUCCGCGCCCUGGCCUCGCUGCUGGCCUGUGUGGUCUGGGAAAGGGGACUGUAUGAUGAGAAAUCUGCCAAAAGGAAAAAGCCACAAGUCCACGGAGCAGGACAGCUGUUCAGGAGGCUGCUGCAGUUCUUCAAGCCGGACUGGUUCUACCUCUGCACGGCCUUUGGAGCUCUGGUUGUGGGCGUCAUCUGUGAUGCAUUAAUUCCACUUUACCAGGGAGAGGUUAUUGACAUGAUGAGAGCCUCCAUGGUUGAAGUAGACUUUAUUCUUGCCGUUACAAAGUUGGCAGUUGUCUCUCUGAGCAGUGCAAUGUUUUCCGGAACCAGAGGAGGGCUCUUUAUGUUCAGCUUGGCCAGACUGAACCGGAGACUGAAGCACCUCCUCUUUCACACACUUCUACAGCAGGAAAUACAGUUCUUCGAAGAGAAAAAGUCUGGUCAGUUAUCGUCUCGGCUGCACUCGGAUGUGGACCGAAUGGGGCGCACUGUGGCCCUGAACGCAAAUGUGUUGGUCCGCAGCGUGGUGAAGACCUGCCUGAUGCUGGUGGUGAUGGUGCGCCUGUCCUGGGAGCUCACGGUGCUCACGGUUUUGGAGAUGCCACUUUUAGGCCUGGUUCAAAACAAGUACACCACACUGUCCACGGAGCUGAAGGAGCAGAUCCAGGCGCACCACGCUCAGAUCAGUGACCAGGUUUUACAGACGGUCAGCGGCAUCGAGACUGUCCGCAGUUUUAACGCAGAGAAGGUGGAGAUACAGAGGUACAGCGCCGCUCUGGAGCAGCUGCGGCAAGUGAAGAGACAGUAUGGGAUCUACAGUUCUUCCUUCACUUUCAUUAGAAGGAUAGUGAGUCUUGGGAUAAGGAUCCUGUUUUUGGUGAUGGCAAGAAGACUCCUCCAGAACGACCAGCUCAGCAUUGGGAGUUUGGUUACUUUUCUGUUGUACCAGAAGCCAAUGUCGUCCAACCUGAGGGAGAUCAUGUAUGGAUAUGGAGAAACAAAGAGCACUGUUGGGAUCAUCGCCAAUGUGUUCACUUAUUUGGACCGGAAACCAAAGAGUCAGACUGCAGGAAACUUGGCACCAGAGAAACUGGAGGGAAGAAUAGUUUUUGAAAAUGUCUCCUUCACUUACGCCUCCACGUCAGCGGAAAAAACAACCCCCACUGCACUCAAGUCCGUGUCUCUGGAGCUGCGUCCGGGGAAGAUGACGGCUCUCGUGGGUCCGUCUGGCAGCGGGAAAACAACCUGUGUCAGUCUAUUAAAGAGACUUUAUGAACCACAAGAAGGACGCAUCCUGCUGGACGGAGAACCGCUGCAUCAAUAUGACCUGACAUAUCUCCAUAAGAAGAUGGCAGUUGUAUCCCAGAACCCUGUGUUGUUUUGUGGAUCUCUGAAGUACAACAUUGAGUAUGGGCUGAAGGAAAGCAACAUGGACACAGUGCAAGAAGCUGCAGCAAGAAUCAAAGCAGAAUCUCACUUUUCAGAACUUAACAAUGGAUAUGACACAGACGUGGGGGAGUCCGGGGGGAAGCUGUCGGAGGGGCUGAGGCAGAGCAUCGCGGUCCUCCGAGCUCUGGUCCGAGAUCCACAGGUCAUCAUCCUGGACGAGGCCACCAGCAAACUGGACGUCCACGCACAACACGCCGUCCUGGAGGAGGUCCUGUCUGGGGAUCGGACCGUGCUGGUGGUGGCUCAUCAGCUGGAGACUGUGGAGAAAGCAGACCACAUCAUCUAUCUAGAAAAUGGACAAAUUGUGGAAGAGGGAACGCACCAAGACCUGAUGAACAAGAGGGGGCGCUACUAUAGUCUAAAAGAGGAACUAUUUCACUCUGAGGGAAACUGGAGCAGACUCUCAGAGAAAGGUCCUCUGUACAGUGGCCAUGUCUGCUGCUUCAGCUCUGAUCUGUCUUUUCGAAAUCGCUCCUUUUCACCGCGUUUCUGGAGGCUGUGGAGCCGCCAUCCCCCCGCGCAGCCUGCAGCCAGCCGAUGCAUUCACGUGGACAGCCCGCCCAUCACUCCGACCCUCACCACCAGCUAUGCCCACGGGACGUCCUCUGUUUCUCUCCUACAUGCAACUAUCCCAGAACUGCUGCUCAGCACCGUGGAGCUUGUACCGGACCGAGAGGCGGUGGCCUUUCUGAAGGAUGGGUGCCCUGAAGCUGACGGUAUCUGA